CUAGUGUUUGAUUCAAAGAAUAAAGUAACGUUAUCCUACUCUUUGGUUUGAUUGCUCAAAGACUUUUAAGAGUUUUUAAACCUGACUUUACCAAAUUUUAUUGAUCUCAUUUCACCAUUGCUUAUGUCAUCUCGUGCCACAGAAAUCGUUGUAUAAAUAAAACAAAAAACAGUUAGGUUUCAGUUUCCUUUAGUUGUCUCUAUCUCUCGUUAAAUUCAUCAUGAUAGUUUUAACCAGAAUUGAAGGUGGACUCAAACGAGUCAAUCACGCUGCUGUUGCUGUGAAUGAACACAUUUAUUCAUUCGGUGGAUUCGCCGGUACCGAGGACUAUUCCUUUGACCGACCCAUCGAUGUCUACACUCUAGACAUGAACACAUUAAGAUGGGAAGAGAUUCGACCCUCUGAUGGAGGAAAUCCUGCAAAUGUUCCGUGUAUAAGAUAUGGUCAUACUGUAGUUGCACAAGACGACAUUAUUUAUCUGUGGGGUGGUGGAAAAAAUAAAGUCCUGUGCAAUAAAAUGUUCAUGUUUGAUACAAACACGCGCUCUUGGUUAGCCAAUGAAGUUAAAGGAGAGAUUCCUGUGGCCCGUGAUGGCCAUUCUGCUUGCACAUCUGGAGGAUUUAUGUACAUUAUCGGAGGGUUUGAGGAAGAGAGACGCGAAUUUGCUGAUACUGUUUACCGUUUUGAGUUUAGAACUCGUACAUGGCAACAUUUAUAUCUUCUCAGUUCUGACUUACUCAAGAAAGAUUUCAUGUCAUGUGUGGCAAUUGACGAUAUAAUUUACCUUUUUGGUGGCCGCACAUAUCCGUGCCCGUUUUAUGACAGUGAAAUCAUGGAACUAGAUACCGAUAGGAUGAGGUUAACUAAAACAGAAGUUUCAGGAUACAAACCGUGUGGUAGAAGGAGUCAUACAGCUGUAGUGGUUAACAAUAAAAUGAUGAUCUUCGGUGGUUACAAUGACGUUGUCAAUGAACAUUUAAAUGAUUUUCAUAUUUUUGAUCCUGAGAAACGCCAAUGGGAGCCAGUGGCUGUUAGUGGGGAUACAAGGCCAACUGCUCGGCGCAGACAUUGCUGUGUUGCCGUCAAUUCAUAUCUAUAUAUUUUCGGAGGAAGUUGCCCAGCGCCAGAAGCCGCAGGUGCUCUAGAACAUUAUUUAAUGGAACUCGAUGAUUUAUACGUUAUUGAUACGGAAAGAAGCUUGCGCUCUAUGUCAUUACAAGCUGUAAUAGAUCAUGAUUUAGACACUAGAAGACUUCCUCCUGCUCUAAGACGAGAGGUUGAAUGCUAUCGUACUGAUAACAGACUCGCAUGUACCCAGGUCGAGGUGUUAGAUUUAGCAAUGCAUGCAAAAAGACCCCCGUAAAAAUAACUCUGUAUAAUUUUGUACUUCAUGUCAUUCACUAUCAUUAAUUCAUCAUAAAUAAACGACGAAUAUUUAUUCAAAACAAAUAAAAUUUUCGCAUCGAA